CUCUUAUUUCCCACCUGAUUCCUGCUAGCGGGCAGGUCUCCUGCUUGGGACUGGAAACAUUUUUGCUUUUACUUCUAGAUCCCUACUUUGAUUGACCGGAUGCUUGUGUCAUCUAAUACGAAGACUGGGGCUGCAGGAGCUGAGGCCUUGUCCCUCCUGCUGAAGAGGCCCUGGGAUCCUGCUGUGGGGGUACUUUCUCAUAACAAACCAAGCAAGCUCCCCGGCUCUCCUCUCAUUCUCAUUGCCUCCUCUGGGCCUUCUAGCUCCGUGUUCCCCACCUCACGCCGCCACCGCUUCUGGCAGUCUCAGCUCUCCUGCUUAGGCAAGGUCAUCCCCGUAGCCACCCAUCUGCUGAACAAUGGUAGUGGGGUAGGAGUUCUGCAGUGUCUUGAGCAUAUGAUUGGGGCAGUGAGAAGCAAAGUGCUGGAGAUUCACAGCCAUUUCCCCCACAAACCCAUUAUCUUGAUUGGCUGGAAUACAGGAGCUCUGGUGGCCUGUCACGUGUCAGUGAUGGAGUACGUCACUGCAGUUGUCUGCCUUGGGUUUCCUUUACUUACCGUGGAUGGUCCCAGAGGGGAUGUGGAUGAUCCCCUCUUGGAUAUGAAGACUCCAGUCCUCUUUGUCAUUGGGCAGAAUUCCUUGCAGUGUCAUCCCGAAGCCAUGGAAGAUUUCCGGGAGAAGAUUCGGGCUGAGAACAGCUUGGUGGUGGUUGGGGGAGCUGACGAUAAUCUCAGAAUAAGCAAAGCAAAGAAGAAAUCAGAGGGGCUGACUCAGAGCAUGGUGGACAGAUGUAUUCAGGAUGAGAUCGUGGACUUUCUGACUGGAGUGCUCACUCGCGCUGAGGGGCACAUGGGCUCUGAGCCUCGGGAUCAGGAUGCUGAGAAGAAGAAGAAGCCUCGGGACGCAGCCCGAAGAGACCUGGCCUUUGAGGUGCCCGAGCGGGGCAGUCGGCCUGCCUCACCAGCUGCCAAGCUGCCUGCCUCACCCUCAGGCUCAGAGGAUCUUUCCAGUGUGUCUAGCAGCCCCACCUCCAGUCCUAAGACCAAAGUGACUACAGUGACCUCUGCCCAGAAGUCCAGUCAGAUGGCGAGCUCUCAGCUCCUGAAGAGACAUGUGCAGCGCACGGAAGCUGUGCUGACCCACAAACAAGCCCAAGCACAGUUUGCUGCUUUUCUGAAACAAAAUAUGCUGGUGAGGAAAGCUCUUCCUCCCGGCACCUCCUCCUGUCUCUUUGUUCCCAUUUCAUCAGAUCAAACGGAGGAGGCAGAGAAAGAGGAUCUUAGGGUCCAGCUGAAGCGCCACCAUCCCUCCAGUCCUCUUCCUGGCAGUAAGACCUCCAAGCGACCGAAGAUUAAGGUCUCCCUUAUCUCCCAAGGGGACCCAGCUGGAGGGCCUUGUCCUCCUUCCCAAGGAGGAGCUCCAGAAGCUGCGGGAGGGAAGCCCAUCACCAUGACACUGGGGCAGGCUUCAGCAGGGGCCAAGGAGCUCACAGGGCUUCUCACCACUACCAAGUCGAGUGCUUCUGAAGGGGGUGUCUCAGCCAGCCCAGCCUCCUCAGUGUCCAGCAGCACCACACCCAGUGCCUUGCACACACUCCAGAGCCGUCUGGUGGCCACCUCUCCUGGCAGCUCCCUCCCAGGGGCCACACCAGCCAGCAGCCUCCUUCAAGGCCUCAGCUUCAGCUUGCAGGAUAUCAGCAGCAAGACCUCUGGCCUCCCAGCAAAUCCUUCCCCAGGGCCAGCCCCACAGGCUACCAGUGUGAAGUUGCCCACCCCCAUGCAGAGCCUGGGUGCCAUCACCACGGGCACCAGCACCAUUGUCCGUACCAUUCCUGUGGCCACCAGUCUCUCCUCCUUGGGUGCCACUCCUGGUGGGAAGCCCACAGCCAUCCACCAGCUGCUGACCAAUGGGGGCCUCGCUAAGUUGGCAAGCAGCCUCCCUGGCCUGGCUCAGAUCUCUAACCAAGCAUCAGGCUUGAAGGUCCCUACUACCAUUACUCUGACACUGCGUGGCCAACCGAGCCGAAUCACUACACUGAGCCCCAUGGGCUCGGGAGCAGCCCCGUCAGAGGAGUCCAGCUCCCAGGCUCUGCCGUCCAGCUCACAGCGCCUGCCUCCAGCACCCUGAAGAUGCCGAGUGAUGUAUCUUCUUCACCGGGUUGGUGAUGGCUGCCAUGCAGUGAGCCCUGGGCACACGUGCUGUCCUGCUGAGCUGUCCACUUGUCUGAAGACCUCUUAAGAUCACCAUUUUUGCCUCCCUGCCACCUGUUUUCAGAAUGGGCUUCUGGGUCUCGUGAAACCAUUAGACUAGGUGAUAUGGUAUGCCAGCAAGGGGAACGUUGUCCUCUGGCAUCUAUGGGUCUGGUUCCUGGAAUCGCCAGGUUCCUCAGCAGAUCUGGCUGUACAUGGAUUGGAGGCAUUUCUUCUCCAGCAUUAACUGUGACUUGACCCAAGUAGCUGUGUUGGACUGCUCACUGCAUUUAAUAAAGGAGUUCCUUUUGGAAGUCUGUGCUACCCCCAUGCCAAGUUGGGAAGGAGACAUCCAUAUGGUCUGGGGCUUAUUAGGGAGUUAGGAUUGAAAGCCUUUUGCUGAGGCCCCCGGGAUCAUCCUGGCCCAUCGACAGUUUUGCAGUGCCAGAGGGCUGGUUUUGGACAUCACUGUUGCUUUCACUGAGCAGCCAUGGGACAGCGUGUCCCAUACAACUCCUCCCUCUUAAGAACCACAUCAGAUAAUGGGUAGCCUGCUGAGACCUGGGAACUCCUAAGUUCAAACCCAUGAUAGGGUAAAGAGGACUGGGCUGUCAUCUUUCAUUCCCUUUGGCCACUGUAAAUGGCGGGAAGCAGCUGUUGCCAGGAGGUGAAAGCUGGCCCCUUUCUUUUUUUCAUCCUGCUUCGGGCAGUUCCUGUAUCCAGAAAAUCCAGAAAGGCCGAAGAAGAGGAAUGGAACAAAUGAAGUGGUUUGAAGGAUGUUCCAGUAAGUCCUGUGGAGAAAAUGAUUGGGGCAUGAAGCUUUGCACCUAUUACCUAAGGAACUGUUGAUUCAACAUGAGGUGAGAAGAAUUUGCCAAGUCACAGGGGAGAAAGCCCAACCCCUGAAAUGUCCAUCUCCAGUGUAUGGAGGUGAAACAGGGAUAACCAGCUAAGUUAACAUCUUGGCCGUCUCAGGAUGCUUAGGCAUCAAGAUGAUGAAGGCCAUGUUUUAGUGUUUCUAUUUCUAUUCCAUGCAACUUCUUGUCUUCUUGCUUGGAAUUGGGAAGGUUAUUGGCAUUGACUCUUACUGUGCGGGCUCUUGGUACCAGCCUGAGCUCUGGAGAAGUGAUCACUGAAGAUGGAGCUCUGAGCCUGCCCUUACGUCCUCACAAUACUUGUGUGCCAAGGUAGUUUUAGAUUUGACGUCAUACCUGCCCUCCAGAUCAUGUCCCUGCCCUUCCAUACUCUAGAAUGUUUCCUGCCAAGGUGACAAUAAAUAGAGCAACCCAGAGGUGAUGCUGACUCUGUUCAGUAUCUGUAGGCAGGAGGGUGUACAGCAUGCUGUGGCCGUGGUCCAGGGUCUUGACCCAUGGUGCAGCAUAUAUCCAAACCAGGCUACCUGUCUUUAGUCCAGGAGCCUCACCUGCCAGUCUGACAGGGAGUACCUAGUGUGUAGGAGUCUGAAACAAGGCAGAAGGGGGUGUUGUGGGCAGAGAGGGGGGCGUGUGUGAUAUGUAAGAGAGAGUAUCUUGAACACCAGGCCCUCCCUCCCUGACCUCCUGCAGAGCUGGUCUCAGCAGUGAUGUGCACAAAAUUAGGCUUUGUUCUCAAAUUAGCUGGUAGGUAACUGCUUUUGGAAAUUGAUUUAGUAAGUUUGAGGAAGAUACGAAAUCUGAAAGAGGCAUCCCUAGGUCAGGGGUUUGGUAACUUUACAGGUAGGAUUAUACACCAGUAGACCCGCGGACAGUAAGACUGUGUGAGACUAUAUGAAGCUUUUAGGAAUCAUUGAGGACAGGCAGGGGGUCCUGAACAACCCACUCAUGACUUAGGAGUACAGCUUAGACAGUGCUGGAGUGGUUGCUCCUGAAAGAUGCUGGCCCAGUGUAUGCUGGGGCCAAAGGAAAAACUAAUGCAUUGUCCUGUGUUUGUGCAAACCCUAGUAUGCUUCCUAUGGAUAACUUUCUGAGGCUUGGGUUGUACACCUUGAAGAAAGCCAAACCUGAAAAGGGGAGUUGUGAGAACACGGACUCUUUCUCACCUUGGAGGGACAGGCUAAAGGGGGAGGUGGUUGAAGUCCAUAGAGUCAUGUUCUUCAACUCCACACUUCUGCGCCCGCUCUUCUCGAAAUGCGAAAGGAAGCUUUCCUCUACCUAUCACGUAUCAGACCUGGAGUCCAUAACCUCAGAAGGCAAUACUACCAGCUGAGAAUGUAGAAGGAUCAAGAAGGCUUUAGCUAAAUUCUUGACAUUCAACAUGACGGGUGCAUGUUGAUGCCCUAUGGAAGAUGUCCUUGUGCUUUUAAGAGGUCACUGACAGAGGAAGAUCUACCUGUCCUUGGCCCCACAACCAGAACAGUCUUGGGCUGGGUGGGUUAUAAAGCCGAGCCACUGUCACGGUUCUGUUCUUACGUUAGCUGUAAAAACAAUUAAAAAAAUAAAUACAACUUUGGAUUUCUUCAACUUGUUUUAAA